GGCGGAGGGAUUGAGGAGCGCGGCGCAGUGGGCGGAGCGGAGCGGAGAAAUUGAAGCACGAGGCGCAGUGGGCGGAGCGGAGGGAUUGAGGCGCGCGGCGCAGUGCAGAUGACGUCCGCAGUCAGUGGACUGGUGCAGCGUUCCGAGUGUUGUGGCCGGUGACAGGAAGAUCUUUGUUGAGAAUGGCCUCCCGUGCUGGCCCCCGUGCUACAGGGACAGAUGGCAGUGACUUCCGCCAUAGAGAGAAAGUCGCUUCACAUUAUCAGAUGAGUGUAACUCUGAAGUUUGAGAUCAAGAAGCUGAUAUAUGCUCAUUUAGUUCUCUGGACACUACUCACUCUACAGGUUAUUGUCAGCCACAUGAAGUUGGUGUCACAUGAUCUGAUAGCUAUGCCAUACCAAUGGGAAUACCCAUAUCUGCUGAGCAUCAUACCAUCUGUCUUUGGUUUUAUAUCCUUCCCUCGUAACAACAUAAGUUACCUGGUGCUUUCUAUGAUUAGUGCGGGCCUCUUCUCGAUUGCCCCUCUGAUUUAUGGCAGCAUGGAGAUGUUCCCUAUGGCACAGCAGCUGUACCGAAAUGGAAAGGCUUACCGCUUCAUCUUUGGUUUUUCUGCUGUAGCUGUCAUGUACCUGGUCUUGGUUAUUGCAGUACAAGUGCACGGCUGGCAGAUCUACUACAGCAAAAAAUUACUGGACUCUUGGUUUACCUCCACACAGGAAAAGAAGAAGAAAUAGUCUGGAGAAGAAAAGUACAAUUUGGAAGGCUGUGGUUUAUGAACUGUGGUUAACAUGAUGGGACUGUAUCAGUCCAUCAGGGAUGAUGAUACAGGGGUAAAUUGCUGGAGGUUAUCUUGAAUAGGAUGUCUUUAUUUUUAUCGUUAUACCCUGAUGCUUUUGUUUCCAAUCAAAGAAAUAUACCGAGUCUCAAACAUUUUGUGCCACUUUUUCAAUUCUUUGGUUGUUGAAUAGAAUGAUGUGGCUUUUAAGGAUAUAAUGGUAAUGUCACUCUGUAGCUAGAUUGUGAAGUAUAUUUGGGAAUGUUUCCAAAAUGAUUUGUCCAAGUUAUUUUUUUUUAUGGUUGUAUUUCCUCACGAUAUAUCGAUGUGAUUUUCAGGAGGAAAUAACAGUGGUUUAAUUGUUGAUUUUGUAUAUUGUACUGCUGCAAGGUUUCAAUUUCCUACAUCAGUCUUCAGUGAAACUGGGUGUGUGACACAUGGGUGGGAGUGUUACUUAGAGCAGACAAACGUUCAAAGAACUUUAGAUUGCAUGUUAUAAGCAACGUGUUCAAUGCUUACAAAUCAGAUCCACUUGUUUUCUUUCAAACAGUCAUAUGAAAUCCCCUAUUCAUUUCACUAUUUAAUGAAAAGUCUUGUCCUAGCAUUGAGUUAGUUAGACCAGUGCAGGAAUACAGUCUACUUAACCUUCUAUAACAGUUUUUUGUUAUGACUUUUAAAGUUGCAUCACACAAAUCAUUUCGGAUUUGGCUCCAGCUCACUGAGCAGUCUAUUAAUGAUUCUUAGCUAUAGCUAUAUUUGUCUCAGUGUUCAAAUGUUGUCACACAAGUUAUGAGCGUACUCUUAAAAUACUGAUCUGAUUUUAUUUAUAUCUCUUAAUAUCUCCUAUCUCUUCUGAAUCAGCUUCUUAAUCCUCUGUAUGCUGUUGCUUUGAUUUCUCUAUAAUGAGCUCUGAUGUAGUAGAGUUGGACAUGAGCACGCUAUUUGUAGUGAGGCUCAUCUUACGACAUUCUUUUGAGAACUGAAAAACAUCCUGCAUUCCCACACCGGUUUCAUAAUAUCUAAUUGGUUAAAUAAAAGUAAUACGGUGUCAAACCCAUGAGUUGACUCAAGUUGUUUGCAAUCCUGUUCUACAUUCAAGCAUGGCUUUUUGAAAGGAACUUGUUCCUUUUUAUGGGGAUGGUAAGAAAUUUGACAGUACAACUUAAAAUUGUGAGAAGUUUGUAAUCACUGCAGAUCAGUCAAUCCCCCACAUUAGUCUGUAGGUGUAGUAGCUUCAUAUUUUGUAUAUAUAUUAAAAUUUUAAAAAAUAAACCAAUGAAUACGUUAAUCUAACUUGAGUAGUUUUUCAUUAUGUGCAAAAGUUAGUAGAUUGAAUUUUGUUUUGAUUUUUAUUGCAUAUUUUAUUUGCAACAAUGAAUAAAUGUUACACAAUCAUUUUUUAU